CAGUGCCUGGCUUUAUUACACUGUUCAUGGCGUCUGGUGGAGGGCUAAAGACAGGUCGCCUUCCGACAAACAGAUAGGCCGUUGACUUUAACGGUUGUGUGUUGACUGCCUCAGUGUGACACCAUGGAGGUGGAGAUUGUUACGGUGGAGGAUGAGAGGCGUCUGACCCAGCUGAGGUUCGAUGCCGCCGUCAAAGUGAUCAAGAGUUUACCCCCUGAUGGUCCCUUUCAGCCGUCCAAUGAUAUGAUGCUCAAGUUCUACAGUUACUAUAAGCAAGCCACUGUAGGAGCAUGCAGUAUACCCCGGCCUGGCUUCUGGGAUGCAGUUGGCAAAGCAAAAUGGGAUGCAUGGAAUUCUCUUGGAGAUAUGCCAAAAGAAGAAGCAAUGGCUGCUUAUGUUGAUGAAAUGAAGCUGAUCCUGGAGGGGAUGCCCAUGACAGAUGAGGUGGAGGAGCUCUUACGCGUCCUCGGCCCGUUCUAUGAGCUCAUUGAGGAGAAGAAAAAGAUCUCUGAGAUAUCAGACCUGAGCACAGGCUUUGGUUCAAUGCUGAAUACAGUACCGUCAAAGAGUGUCACCAAGAGCAUCAUCAGAACGAUGGAGAUGAACGGCACUCUGGAGACCCGUCCUGCUAGGCUCAAGUCAAAGGAAGUGAAGGAAAGGCCAGAGGAAGAGGAGGAGGAGGAGGAGAAUGAGGAGGAGGAGGAAGAAGAAGAAGAAGUGAUAAGGGAGGUCAGAAAAGACAAGAAAUCAUCAGCUUCACAGCCAAAGACGAGUUCAGCCAGGAGACACAGAGCCAACGGUAAAGUGGCUAACGGGGUCACACAUCUGACCAAUGGGAGUCAUUCCAGGGCUGCCCUGAACAGCGAGGACUCCCAGGAGCCUCUGCUCAACGGCCACCACGCAGAUCCCAGAGUCGAUGUGUCUGGUCCCAGUCACCUGGCCAGUGAUUCAGACAGCGAAGUCUACUGUGAUUCUGUGGACCAGUUCGGCCAGGAAGAGAGUUCAGAGCAUAACCGCUCUCUGGAUGACAUGGAUGAAGAGGAAAACCACGUUCUGCCCCCAUUAGACGGGCCACAGGUAACGCGCGAGCCCCAGGGGGACGUCAAUGGUCCAUCUCAGGUCGUCAGGUGUGGAGGGGAAGAUGGAGAGAACGGUGGAGCGAUUACGCAGAGACAGAGACUGAAGCCAGAAAUGCCGGACAGCUCUUUGGUCAGAAGAGGAAGAGGCUCCAGGUCUCCAGGCCCCGGCUCUGGAUCUCUGGUGCCCACGCACAGUGCUGGAGAUGGGGAAGGGGGCCGCUGGGGAGGAGCAGUGACACCUGGAGGGAGCCUGAACGAGCAGAUCGUUGUAGCAUUGGCCAGGCUGCAGGAGGACAUGCAGAGCGUCCUGGAGAGGCUGCACACCCUGGAGGCUCUCACAGCCAGCCAGGCAAGAUCAAUGUCUCUGUCUCCAACUUAUGCAUCACCCCCAGUGAAUAAGAGGAGUCAGAAGCCGUCCUGGUGGCCUUUUGACAUUUCUCCAACCAGCUUGGCCUUUGCAGUUAUAUGGCCAUUUGUGGUACAGUGGCUUAUUCGCCUAUACCUGCAGAGGAGGAGAAGAAGAAUCAACUGAACCUGCCCUCACCCGAACACCCAUAGGCAUAGACGACGAAGGAGAGUCCUCUAAAUGUCUUCGGUUUGGGUUGCUAAUGGCUGUAACUCCCCCCUGCUUCAACCCACAGCCCAGUAAUUUGCUUUUGCACUAUGAAGAAGGCACUUAGAGUAAUGAGUAAGAGGAUGAUAUCUCUCAAGUGUGCUGUACUGCGGAUGUGGAAUCAAAUAGAAACAUGAAUGUAUGGGCUCGUGGCCUGUUUUGACACCACUGUACUGGAAUCUUUUUCUCUGUAAGAGGUUGGUUUGUGUUUGGAGGGGGAACUGUUGGGAUGUCGUCAGCCUGUUUAUAAACCAACUACAAGAGCUUCUCGAUUAUUUCCAUAACUAGGACUUUGUUGCACAAGAAAUGGGCCCUAUACUUUGUUUUGAGCAAAAUGCUUAAUUUCCACAAUUCCCUUUCAUUAGUCGCCCAGGCAAUGCUGCUAUAAUAAAAUAUUGUUAUAACUGUAAUAGUUUAGAAGGGAGGAUUGAAUGUAAUAAUAUAUUCUUGUGUGAGAUUCCUUUAAAUUCUGAGAAUAAGUUAAUAUUUAUUGCUUUUAGUAACAGUCACAAUGAAGGCAUCGCAGGCCAGAUUUCAGCUGUUCCAGUGAGGUUUAUGUUUUAAGUGACUGCUAAAUGUUGUGUAGGUUAUACGAGGUUUUCAUCACACGUCCUACCACAUAUCAGUCUCAGUGCUUUACGUCAAAGUGGUCUGACUCUUCACUUCGUUGUUUUUCAAAUAGAAGUGCCUCAACAUCAUAAGGUACAUUCAUACCCUAGACGGCAUUAUGAUUUCUUAUAUUCACAUAUGGUAGCAUAACCGUUCCAGUGCUGGACCAAAUAAUCAUCAGUCAAACUACCGAGUGAGCCAUGUGAUGGUCAGCAGUCUGAUUAUUAAUGCAUAACUCUUGUCGCUGUCUGUGUUGUUUACGCGGUCACGGUUUUCUAUAUUGUAUAAUUUUAAUGUGAUGUAAUGUUUGUAUGAAUAUUGUGGAAAGAUUUUGUGUGACUGACAGUAAUCCUGAUUUGUUUGCAAAGGAGUGAGAUCUAUACAAAUUGUAUAAAAUAGCUGUACAGUUCAGAUUAAAAUGCAGUAUUUUAAUUGCAUUCCCAUGAAUUAUUAAUAUAGAAUACUAUAUCGUAUUUACAGAGGUUUGCAUCUGCAAUAGCACUAACGUUUCCAGAGCCUUUAUGUUUUAAUGAAAAAGUAACAAGUUCACCUUUCUACUGAAACGUACCAAGGCUUUCUCACCCUCUCUGCCUGUGGAUGGAGUGGUGUCUGCAUGUGAUAAUCUAAGCCUCAAAUAAAGUUUUCAUAAAGCAUUACAAUUUCUCCAGAUCAUUUCAAAUAAAAUGUUUCACAUUAUUCACUUGCUUUCAGAGAUUGCUAGCACAGUGACAUCAGUAUGGUAAAUAGGCUAACAGAACACGUGGUAGCUAGCAGAUGGUUAGCGCUGAGCUGGGAUGCAGCAUUCGGAUAGUAGGACCACACAUAACCCUCAUGAAACCACAAAUUCUUUAUAUAUUUUGAUGUGUGUACGAAUGAUUAAAAAAAGACUUUCAAACUGA